CAGAGAGAGCGGCGCUCAGACACCCGCACGCUGGGAGAGAGGGAGGAAACAGCGCUGCUCCAAUGCGUCUGUGCAAUACAGACUGAAGAAAAAAAAAAAACUUAUCGACUCACAAAACCAAAUCCUGCGCUGCGCAAUUAGUGCGAGAAAAUCCACUUUUUCCUCCGGUUUUGAAGAAAAUAAAUAAAGAAAUCAAGCUGGCUCAGUGCGUGUCUCAGCAGCCCACGUUGACAGGUGCUCCUCACCCCCUUUGGAGGACUGUCAACAGCAAGAGGAUGGCAUCAGAGCUGGCAAUGAGCAACUCCGACCUGCCCACCAGUCCCCUGGCCAUGGAAUAUGUUAAUGACUUCGAUCUGAUGAAGUUUGAAGUGAAAAAGGAGCCGGUGGAGCCCGAUCGCAGCAUCAGCCAGUGCAGCCGCCUGGUCGCCGGGGGAUCCCUAUCUUCCACCCCGAUGAGCACGCCUUGCAGCUCGGUUCCCCCCUCUCCAAGCUUCUCGGCGCCCAGUCCGGGAUCAGGGAGCGAACAGAAGGCGCACUUGGAGGAUUUCUACUGGAUGACCGGGUACCAACAGCAGUUGAACCCCGAGGCUCUGGGCUUUAGCCCGGAGGACGCCGUAGAGGCGCUGAUCAGCAGCAGUCACCAGCUCCAGACCUUCGAUGGCUAUGCCAGAGGGCAGCAGUUCGGUGGCGCAGCCGGGGCAGGAGGCGCCAUGGCCGGGGAGGAGAUGGGAUCAGCGGCCGCCGUGGUGUCCGCGGUUAUCGCUGCAGCUGCAGCUCAGAACGGGACUCCCCACCACCAUCAUCACCAUCACCACCACCACCACGCAGGAGCACACCACUCGUCCUCCGGGUCUCAGUCCGGCGGUGGAGCGGGUGGAAACCACCAGCACCUGCGCUUGGAAGAUCGGUUCUCGGACGACCAGCUGGUGACCAUGUCCGUGCGGGAAUUGAACCGGCAGCUCCGGGGGGUUAGCAAGGAAGAGGUGAUUCGUCUGAAACAGAAGAGGAGGACGCUAAAGAACAGAGGCUAUGCCCAGUCCUGUCGGUACAAGCGGGUCCAGCAGCGGCACGUCCUGGAGGGAGAGAAGACGCAACUCAUUCAGCAGGUGGACCACCUCAAGCAGGAGAUCUCCCGGCUGGCCAGGGAGAGGGACGUCUACAAGGAGAAAUACGAGAAGCUGAUCAGCACCGGCUUCAGAGAAAACGGAGGAUCCAGCAGCGACAACAACCCCUCAUCCCCGGAGUUUUUCAUGACGUCGAGAAAAUUCCUCCAUCUGUGAUAGAGAGCUGUCAUCUCUUCAUCCCGCCACCCUGGAGUCUGAGAUAUCAUGACACUGGAAUGCUGAUGUUUCAAGAGCAACCUACGGCACCAGACUGCCAUAAAGCACAAUGUCUCAAAAUCGUCCCGACAACGGCUUCACGGCA